AUGGAAAAAGCGUACGGCUGGGUCUACGAUGUGUGCGAUGGGAACGAAUUGCUUAUCAAUAUCAUCGCUGGAAAUCUUGUAACGACUUCAUUUUUCUAUCUCUUCAAUCUCUUCUUUGUCUUUAUCGAUGCUUUUGAACCUGAAUGGAGUAGAAAAUUCAAGAUCCAGGAAAAUAAAAAGGCUACAAUAUCGAAAUAUGUUGAGUCAGUCAAGCAAGUGUUAUUCAAUCAGCUGAUAGUUGGUGGUCUUACAGUCGCAGUAUUCCACUACCCAAUGAAGCUAGCAGGAGUGUCUUUCGGAAAGAAUCUGCCAAGCAGUCAAACAGUCCUGCUACAGAUACUCUUCUGCAUAGUAAUUGAGGAGAUAGGUUUCUAUUACACCCAUAGGCUAUUUCAUCAUCCCAAACUGUAUAAACAUAUUCACAAAAAGCAUCAUGACUGGACGGCACCGGUUUCAAUCACGAGUAUCUAUUGUCACCCGAUUGAGCACGCCUUCUCCAAUUUGACUCCAGUGCUUCUAGGUCCGACCCUCUGCGGGGCCCAUGUGACCACUCUGUGGCUUUGGUCAUGCAUUGCCAUAAUGUCCACUACGUUUUCUCACAGUGGAUAUCAUUUUCCAUUCCAACCAUCUCCAGAAUCUCAUGACUAUCAUCACAAAGUGUUCAACGAGUGCUAUGGUGUACUUGGAAUUCUUGACCAUAUUCAUGGCACGGCAUCAACAUUCGAAAGAUCUGUGCACUACAAGAGACAUGGAACGUACUUCUCUCUGAAACCAAUCAAGGAAAUUUACCCGGACGAAGGAAGGAAACGUUGA